AAAAUAUGGUAAUUGAUUUAAUUAAUUAAGAACUAAUAAAACUAGUUAUUACUUUACGUGACUGAAAUGUGCCUACUAACAUUAAAAAAUUUGUCAUGGAAUAUAAAGGUAUAGAAUUUGGAAUGCGCAUCACCCCGCUUUGAAUCCCUUCAACGCACACUUAGCUCACAUCUUUGUCUGAUUUGGAAAUUCUCCGUGUAUAUAACAGUUCUCCCAUAAGGCGUCCGUUCCAGACCCUAUGACGUCACACACCCUCCAUCCAUGUUUUGCUUCAGUCAGAGGUUGCUGUUUGAAUGCAUCACACCGUGGGCAUUAAGUAUUGCAACGCGGAUCCUUUUUUUUUUUUUUUUUUUUUUUUUUUAAAUCCUUUUAGACAGAUGUUAUGUGUUAAACAGCCGUCUCAUCCACAGUCCAUCUGAAAGUGAACAAACGACUGAAUGAACUGAACGUGCUAAACGGAGGUGCGCGAGGGGGCAGCCCUGUGAUUUCACCACCGUGGUCCCGGAGACUCGAGGAUGCCGUCUUUGUCAGAGCAGCUGCAGGAGGUGCGGAGUCAGGCUGAAAUGUGCCUGAAGUCUGGUGGAAGGGUUGUGGAAAUGCGGGCUGGUGUGAUGGCCAUGGCUAACUUACCCUUACCACCCUGCUCCAAAUACCACCACAUUGCUGCGGAGACCAUGGUCAAAGAAAACAGCUUCGGCAACAACCGGAAGGAGACGUUUGCAUCUCUCCAGCGCUUGUCAACAGCAUUGAACAUACUGGAAAAAUAUGGCUGUAACUUAACAAAUCCUAGCCGGCCAAAGUACUGGAGGACAGUGAAACACAAUAACCCAGUGUUCAGGGCCACUGUGGAUGCUAUUCAGGGUGGACGGGCAGUACUCUGUCUCUAUGGUUACUCCAAUCAGGAGUCAGAUGGACUUAGCUUCCCUGAUGAUGUCACAGAUCCUGAUGUGGGCCGAGUUGCUGCAGUAACACUAGAAGUGAUGAGUCUGAGAAUGGAACUAGAAAUGCUAAUCAAGGAUGCUCACCCACAUCCAGAGUUCUAUGAGAGGAUUAUCCCUACGCUGAGACAUAAGGACGUUGGCUUGAACACAGAUGCUGUAGUCUGCCGUUUAUCCUCCUCCUCUUCAGGCCAGACUAAGUCUCUAGCCUUCCCACUCCCCCAUCAUCCCUCCUCCAGCAGUCACAGCCACUCUUUAUCAUCCAGUCACCAAAGUCAGAGGUCCAUCCAGGUCUUUUCCUCCUCCUUAAACAAACACCCAGAGAACUGCUCCAUCUGUGGAAUAUUUCGUAUCUCCACCCACUGCGUUACCUGCCUUCAAGGGCUUUGUUCAGAAUGCGACAAACUGUAUCACUCUUACCCUGAGAGGUCUAGACACCAUCGAACAGCAGUUGCAUCAUCAGUAUCCUCAGCAUCCAAAAACAUAAAAAAUCACAGUUCUUCCACCUGGCAUUGCCUUCAUUGUACAAAAGUGAACUCUAACCAAGAUGUUCUCUGUGAGGAGUGUGAGUGCCCUCGCAUGGAAUCUGUCAGCUCGAUAGCUGAUGAAUCACAACCUGCCACCAUCACUGAGUGGCAGUGUAAGAGCUGUACCAUGGUAAAUGCAGCGAGUAGCAUUCUAUGCGAGGUGUGUGAAAGACCUCGCUUGGCCACGCGGCCUCCGGUGACACCAUCACAUCCUCCCAUCACACCCCCCAGACCACCAGCUCCUGUACUGGGCAUGCCCGGUGACCCUGAUAGCCAGUGGGUGUGUCAGUUCUGCACCUACUUGAACUACUCCCCUGCUACAGUAUGUGAGAUGUGUGACCUUGCCCGUCCAGAGCCUGCUCCGCUGCCUGUGAAGCUUCGGCCCCCCUCACCUGUUAGACGGGUCCCUGCCCUGCCAGUCAAAUCCAAAGAGCCCACCCCAGAGAAUUUGGAAUCUUGGAGACAGAGGCUGAUGAAGGAGGAAGGACUGAAACUGAUUCAGCUGAUUAGAGAUGGGGAGAAAAAAGGAGUCAGCCCAGAGGAGGUGUAUACAAGCAUGAAGGUAGCUAAGGAAAGCUGCAUUAUGCCCUGCACAUGGUUGAAGACAGAGCUGCCCAUGCUGUUGGUCCAAAUCCAGAUGCUGGUUGCGACAUCUUCCCUUCAGUUUGCGGCUGACAAAACCACAGCAGUGCCCACACACAGGUCAGGUAUAACUGCUGCUGAAGAUGCUGGGAAAGAUAUGAAGCCUGCAGAAACAGAAAGCGGCGUCCAACUUUCCAGAGCAGAGGCCAAGCAAGCCUGGCUGACAGCAGGGGGUGACAUUGAGAGAGCAACUAGACAAGCUCUGCGGGACAGACUCACCAAGGUAAAGGAGUUGUGUUCACUGGGCUUUUGUGAUGAAGCUCACUGUCAUGAGGUUCUGAGGCAGAGUGGUGGUCAGGUAAGAGGGGCUCUGGCACUCCUGCAGCGUCCCCUUUUGGAGCCUUUCCAUGAGCGCAUUUGGAGUGAUAACCCUGAGCCUCCUCUAGAUGUUCAUCACCCUGACAAACAGCACAUAUGUAGGAGAUUACUGGCAGUGUAUGGUCUUCCCAGCUGGGGCCGCUGUGAGCUGGCACUUUCACUGCUGUUAGAGCACAGUGCUCCCUAUUCCUUGGAGGAUGUGGUGCAGGCUGUGCAAGAGUCCCACGACAGAGAGUUCAUCAAGAGAGUGCUCGCUAAAGAAUGUCCUAUUUGCCUCUCCAUCUUCCCCCAUAGUAAGAUGCAGUCUCUGACAUCAUGCCAGUGUUCUGUGUGCUGUGGGUGUUUUCAGCAGCACUUCACUGUUGCCAUAAGAGACAAACACAUCAGAGACAUGGUGUGCCCAGUCUGCUGGGAGCCCGACAUCAAUGACCCUGAACACCUUAACAGCUACUUCUCAACCCUGGAUAUUCAGCUACGAGAAUGUUUGGAGCCAGAAGUCUAUGAGCUUUUUCACAAGAAGCUGACAGAGCAGGCACUCAUUAAGGACCCCAAGUUCUUGUGGUGCUGUCAUUGCUCCUAUGGUUUUAUCUAUGAUGGAGACCAGCUGAAGGUUACCUGUUUUCAGUGUCGGAACAGUUUUUGUGCUCAGUGCAAAAAGCCUUGGGAGUCUCAGCAUGCGGGUCUAUCUUGUGAGCAAUACCAGUCAUGGAAGAGAGAAAAUGAUCCAGAGUAUCAGAAACAGGGCCUCGCUGGAUACCUACGAGACAAUGGCAUUACUUGUCCUAACUGUCGCUUUCAGUAUGCACUAUCUAAAGGAGGCUGCAUGCACUUCUGCUGCUCGCAGUGUCGUUACCAGUUCUGUAGUGGCUGCAACAAUCCUUUCCACACUACCUGUGCAGUGGAUGAGUGCAAUGUGUCUGGACUGCAUGCACAUCACCCCAGAGACUGUCUUUUCUAUCUGAGAGAUUGGGAGCCUUCGAGAUUACAGGCACUAAUGCAGAAUAAUGGAGUACCAUUCAACACUGAGCCUCCCCCUGGAACACAGACAGAUCUGUGCGGAGUUAUAGAACAGAAGGAUGAAGGAGGGCAACAGCCAGACUCGGCCUGUGGAGCUCAGACCCAACCUGGUCAUGCUGGACUCUGCGAGAAGCAUUACCGGGAGUAUCUUGUCAGCCUGAUCAACAGUCACUCCAUUGACCCUGCCCCCCUAUACAGCUCCAAUGAGCUGCUGCUGGCCUGUAGGAGGUACAAGGUGGAUGAUAGCCGCAGGGAUGGAGAAGACAGCUUCACCUACUACAGCAGGCUGCUCGAGAAACUAAUGGAUGAAGUACCACUGGGAGACAAGGUCCCACGCAAAAAGUGCUGAACAUUUAACCUCAUAUUUUGGGGAACUGUUAUUAUUAUGACCUUUUAACAUACUUUUUCUGUAAACGAGGAUUCAUAUUUCAGUGACAUUGUUAAGAUGGAAGCUCUGUCAAUUUUAAUUGGUUUCAUUUCACGAGUGAGAUCAUUUAUGUAACUUGAGUCACUGUUGACUGGACCUGGAAAAGAUUC